AUGGCUGUUCGAGGUUUGGUGAAAGGUGAUGUCGAAACGCUUGGACCAGACGCGUUCCCAAAUCGCGUCAAACCUCAGGCGUACGACCAAAUGGCCGAGAUCAAAUCACUCGGCGUCCACACGCCUGUGGCACUUCCAUACUUGAUCGAUGAAGGCCUUUUGCCCGCGGAACCAUCCAGCGAUCUGUACACCUGGGAGACGUACGUUUUCGAUGACGGGAAUGGCGAUGUCGAGGAGGAAGUUCUUGCCACGAGGAAAUGCGUGGUAUGGUCUCAAGGAAGGCUUAUCCGGAACGUCUAUCACUUCGAGCUGGAAGGGGAGGAUGUCAUCCAAGCGCUGUUGACAUCGUUUCCCUCCAAGAGAAAUGUCUCUGAUACUCGUCACACCACCGGACCCGACAGCGCCAACAUCCAACCCUGGAGAGACUCCAGGAAUGGUCGAAAGCCUUCUCGAGGCGACAGCGAGGCGACCGAGCCACACAGUACUUCUGAGCGAGCCUUGGUGGUCUGUUUAAAGUCCAAGGCACACGUAUACUUCGUUCACGGCACAAGCCAUAUCGUGGAUUUUCCCUUCGAAAUCUCAAAAGCCUUUUCAGCCCCACGAGGAGUCAUCUUACAGACGAAGAGUGUGGCAGCACCGUCUUCGCCGCCAACACCGCAGCUUCCGGCAGCACCACCAAACUCGUUCUUCUCGUCCCAGCUCAGGCCAACGGCGUCUUAUCUGCAGUCGCCGACUUUGGUGAAAAGCUUCGCGAGCACGCAACCUAGCCGACCUAGUCCUCUGAGUGGUAAAGCCCGGCUGGACACACUCUCCCCUUUCCCAGAUGCGUUCGCAGGCUUGGCUCAAGCUACCGAUGAUGAUACUGCUGGCUUCUACUCUCUGACGGACCCAUUGUCAGACCUUGGAGUUGUUACAUACUCUCUGCAGCACCCCAGGCCCCGCCUGUCCACCAAAGCCUCGUCCGGACUUAGCGUAGAGUUUGAAGCAGUCGACAACAGCGAGCGAAUCAUCUAUGUGUCGCCAACUGACGAGUUGGGCGGCACCGGUAGCAGUCAGAAUGCCCCUCUGACGCUCAUUAUCACACUUAAUCAGGACCUGCAGACGCUGACAAUUUGGCAUGCAUGGUAUGUGGAAGAGAAAUCGUUGGCCUCGCUUCUGAAGGAACGAGCAGCGCAUAAAGCGGCAAAGGCACGAAGGCGAAGCUCCUUCAUGAGCUCAAUGGGCACAGGAGCAACGACGCCCGCAGUAAGAACACGAGAAGGCGUGAGGGAGAGUUUGGUAGGCGCAUCAUCCCUCAGACUACCGGGCGAGCAAGCUCCAUCGCAGCCCCACGGUGCGUCCUCUCGGAGGCCGACUCGCCAGGAGGAGGAAGAUGCAAUGGCUUCUCAGAUGGACCCUGACUAUCAGCCUGGCGCCUCGCAACAGGCCGCUCGAGAGAGCAGGAGAAUCAGUUCCAUGAACGCGGACAUGCGCCAGAGCCAAUACAAUGCAAACGCCAGCUUCGCGGGCCCUGGUGGCAGGCGGAAUGCUUCAUUCGGUGGGCCUGGUGAGCGUCGAAGCCUUGGGCACCGGAAGAGCCGUGGCUCAACACCCGGCAGUGUCUUCAGCAGGAGCCUUGGACCAGACGACGAUCUCAUGGAUCUUGACAGUAGCUUCGACGCCGACGACGAGGAAUCCGUUGGGAGCAUCCUGAGGCAUAUCAGAGCUACAUUCGAUGCCACUGGAGCUGAAAGCAUUUUGGCUGGACUUGGGGACGAGAUGAAGCGGGAGCUCAUUGUUCGCAAACUGCACUCCAUACCAAUAGCCACUUCGACUUCCUCAGAGGCAAAAACUGUUGAACCUAUUCAAGUCGCGACACUUCUAGAUUUCCGUCAUCGAAUGGACAACGAGGACCAGCGUAUGACGGUUUUCAUCCAUCAGGACUACACGAAGGAGGUCUCCGCGCUUCAAUUGAUCAUCAAGCGACGUCUUCUGUGGCCAGAGCUUUCUCUUACACCAACAAUGGCCAUUCCUCUGCUCGUUGGAGAGCAGAAAGUCGGCUCCUCCAGCAGCAUUGUCAAACUGAAGGAGAGCGGCCGAAGCUCCAUAUUACUAGCAGAUCGAGGUCUAGUUCUAGCUGCUGACGAUAACAUGCCGUGGCCACUCCCAGCUCAGGCACCGUACAGAGUCAAUGACCGACGAGACCAUGUCGCUUUGGACUCCACUCCUAACAAAGAAGUCGGCAGGAACAGGACGCUCCCAGGACCUUCACGGCACGAUCUUCAGCUACUCCAUGCUGGUGCCAGUGGUCGCUUUGAUGAGGUGGGUACUGACCGUGUACACCACCGGCGGCAAGUCCGCUUCACGCCCAGAGAUCCUGCUGUAAGCAGAGUCCUGGAUGUUUGCGAGCUUGUUCUACCUGCAGCGCAGGCCCAAUGCCUCCGCGGCAUCUGGUGCGUUGCUCAUGCUGAGCUUGUCGAACACCCUGAGAGGCUCGCUGGCACGACGUUUGACAGGGAUUGGGUCGCCAUGGUUGCCGCGCUUUGUUGCUUUCUUCCGCAUCUCAUUUCAAACAAGGCUCGAGCGGCUCUGGAUCUUGCCAAUGUCGCUGCCGGAAAAGCAGCAGAUUCUUCGAAGUCGCGUCUGCGAAUGUCCGAACAUAGGCAUGAGUUGCUUAGCAACACGACAGCAGAUUGGCUCGGGCCGCGCGCUUCUGCAAGAUCCAACAACCCUCAAUCGACUGCGUCCCAGGCGGAACCGCAACGCGAUAAGCUCAUGGUUGUCGGAGCUGCUCUUGCUAAUGAGCUGCUCGGUUCAGAAAGACUGCAACGAAUUGCUAGAUCGGCUUUACAGCUGUCACCAAACGAGGCCAUCAAACUAGUCCUUGGCCUUCACGUACUCCGCGAAGAAUACAAAUUGUGCAAGUUGACGCCGAGCAGCCUGGGCUCUCAGGUCCUUGCCGUCACUAUUGCUCAGAUCGGCAGCUGGCUUGGAUUGGUCACUUGGAGCCACCAGCCAGGACAGUACUAUCAUCUCGAAGGAGCGAAUGAAGACCGCUGGGCGUUUGUCAAGUCGCAGGCCUCUCAUGCUCCACAGAUGCCGCUCAUGGACGAGCCUGUUGGAGUCUAUCAUUGGUUCGAGCAUGCAAUGAACGUUCAGUCUGAGGAGCGAUAUCCGACUCUCGAGGUGAUUGCAAUGCUCGACAGACCGAUGUCGAAGUCGCAGCAGGCGGUGGCUGCAGGCAUGACUGGAAGAAUAGCUGCGCUGUCUGACAUCGUCGAGGCCAGUUCUGGUCUGGCGGCUUCUCCUGUUGCCACUGUUGAGUUGAUGGCAAAGCACGGCAUCAACAGCAACACAAUAGAGAGCCUUCCUGAGGCGAUCGGGGCACCCUUCAAAGAUGCGAUCAUGAAGUGUGAGCGCGACCCUCCCACCUCAUGGACACCAGCUUUGCUGGCUCUGGUCGGCCGAGAAGAUCUCGUCUCCCACACCAUACACUCCCACGCGUCAGUGCCGAAGAAGUCCACAGCUACUGCAAGCUCGCCACAUGAUAUUCAGACCGUCUGCCACGCACUCGAUCAUCACCAUCCGAAUGGACGAACAAAGGAGGCGAGCCGACACGCUGUCUCCCAGCUUAUCUUCCGCGAGGACAAGCGCUUAGUCGAGGCUACCAGCCUGAUGCACUUCAAUGCAACGCAAAUGGCAGAAUGCGCCAAACAGCCGGACUGGACAGAUGUGCAGCAUAUCGAACAGCAACGCAAGAAGCUUCAGUGGGUCACUACCCGUAUGGUUGCGCUGCCACCAGGCGACGCCAUGAUUCAUUUCGACUGCCAGACUCCCUUACUCACCGACAAGUAUCAUUUGCCUGGUUUCAGCAACUCGUGCAUCAUGCAGCCCAUGGGUACCACCCUUACCACUGAUCGAAGCGGUUUGACAGAGGAAAAGGUCAGCUGGGCCUAUUUCCACGCUGGAGCAUCCGCCGGGUUAAGGAUAUCUCGGCACGUUGCCGGCAUUGAUACUUCUUGGAUCGCCUUCAACAAGCCAAACGAUCUUACGAACCGACAUGCUGGUCUAUUGCUGGCGCUUGGACUGAACGGACAUCUUCGGCAUGUGGCAAAGUGGUUAUCCUUCAAGUAUCUCACGCCCAAGCAUACUAUGACUUCGGUUGGUCUCCUGCUGGGCUUGUCGGCCUCGUACAUGGGUACCAUGGAUGGUUUGAUUACUCGCAUGCUAUCCGUCCACAUCACUAGGAUGCUACCUCCUGGGGCUGCUGAGCUCAACGUCUCUGCUCUGACCCAGACUGCUGGCCUGAUCGGGAUCGGCUUGUUGUACUACAACACCCAGCACCGCCGGAUGAGCGAAAUCAUGCUAUCCGAGGUAGAACAAAUGGAGCUGGAAGACCCAGACAGUGGACCAGACCCACUUCGAGACGAGUGCUACCGUCUUGCUGCUGGUAUUGCCCUAGGCUACAUCAAUCUCGGCAAAGGGAAAGACUUGGGAGGUUUGCAUGGCAUGUAUCUUCCGGAGCGACUUCUUGCCAUUGCAGUGGGCCCAAGGCCGGUCACUGUGGUGCAUGUCUUCGAUCGAGCAACAGCAGGCGCAGUAGUCGCCCUCGCACUGGUAUACAUGAAAGCUGGCGAUGUGUCGAUCGCUCGCAAGAUCGACAUCCCGGACACUGAAGCGCAGUUCGACCACGUGCGACCAGACGUGCUCAUGCUGCGCGUAAUGGCGAAGCAUCUCAUCAUGUGGGAUGGUCGUGAAUCUCACACUACUGAGUCCGAUCGUCCCGGCUUCAUCAGAAGAAAUCUUCCGGCCUGCUAUCAACGACGAUUCCAAGCUAUGAGCACGACGUCCGCGAAGCUGCAGCUGCAGAGCUCGGAUGUUCCGUACUUCAACGUCGUCACUGGUCUUGCGUGGGUGCUUAGCUUGAUGAACGCCGGCAGCGGGAACACCAAGGCUCGCGAUGAGAUCUUGACUGUGCUGAACUAUUUCCAUGCUGUGAGGAGUGGUGCUGAGGCAUACUACUACGAUGCUAAACUCGCGCGGUCGACUGUGCGACGAUGUAUCGAUGUUCUAGCACUCUCGGCUGCGACUGUCAUGGCAGGCACUGGAGACCUAAAGACCUUCCGGUACCUCCGCCGCCUGCAUGGUAGGACGGACUCAGAGACGCAGUAUGGGUCACACCUCGCUGCGCAUCUUGCGAUUGGUGUCCUCUUCCUGGGCGGCGGAACCUACACUUUCGGGACGUCUAAUCUCGCCAUCGCCUCGCUCAUCUGCGCUUUCUACCCUCUGUUCCCAACAGAUGUACACGAUAAUCGCGUGCAUUUGCAAGCGCUGCGGCAUUUCUGGGUCUUUGCUGCCGAAGCGAGGUGUCUCAUCGUUGAGGAGAUCGACACCCAUCGUCCGGUGAGCAUGCCUAUCACACUCACAUUGCGAGAUGGGACUGUGAAGUCUCUGACCGCGCCGUGCCUGCUGCCCGAGCUGGACUCUAUAGCGACCGUCCAGACGAAUGAUCGAGCCUACUGGCGUGUCACGCUUGAUUUCGCUGGGAACGCAGAGCACCUCGCGGCCUUCCGGCAGAAUCAAAGGAUACUCGUACGCCAGUGCCCGGCGUCUGAAGCGCAUGAUUCCGUCUUUUCGUCAGCCCUUGCGGCGCUCAAUCCAAGCCAAGCGAAUGCGCAGCGUGCGGCGGAUCUGCAGAAAUGGCAGGACGUCCUCACAAGUCUGCCUGUCUUCGAUGACCACGACAAAGCGGACGUGGAGCUUGUCCUGCCACCGAAUGCCAACAGAGUUCUGCAUACAGAUGAACGAGGCACUGUCAUCGAUGACAGGGUGGCGUUGAGCCGCAGCGUAGCUGGAAGCGAUGGGGAUGCUCUAUGGAAUUUGCGAGUGCUGUUUGCCUGGGCGCAAAAGGCAAGAGAUAGUGAGCAAGGAGGCCUGAAGUGGCUUGGAGAUGAGGUGGUGGAGGGGUUGCGGGCGAAGAUUGAGGAGAGGAUGAGGCAGACUUGA